GGGUUUAUUUUGAGAAGGUCUUAAAGAGUUCAGAUACCUCCUUGUGGGUGAGGAAUAUUCAGAUGUACUUAUCUGGGAUUGUGGUGACUUUAUUUGGUGUGUACAUGUCAGAUGGAGCCCAAGUUCUUGAGAAAGGGUUUUUCUAUGGCUAUACCUACUACGUCUGGUUUGUCAUCUUUCUCGCCAGUGUAGGUGGCCUCUACACUUCGGUUGUUGUUAAGUACACAGAUAACAUUAUGAAAGGCUUUUCUGCGGCAGCAGCCAUUCUUCUUUCUACUGUGGCAUCAGUCAUCCUCUUUGGCCUCCAGAUAACUGUUACCUUCUCCCUGGGUGCCGUCCUGGUGUGUAUUUCUAUUUACCUCUAUGGAUUACCUCGACAAGACACCACAAAAAUCCAGCCAUUGGACACAAAGAGCUCAAAAGAGAGACUUGCUACUGUGUGAUGUUGUCCAUAGAAAUGGACAGACAGACGAGGAAAAACCAGACUUUUUUUUAAAAAAAAAAAACCAAACCUGCAUUUUUUUAAAAUUAGCCUUAAGCUAGUCAUGAAAUGGUUUAAGUGGGAUAGACUAAAAAGAAGUUGGUUCUGGUUUACAUGUGAUGUUUCCAGUGGCUGAUGCUGAGGCUAUGUUACGGCCGAGGAGCUGGACGGGUAUUUUACUGAAGGUAUUCUUCAUUCGCAUCGGACAAUGAAGAGUCCCAUUUACAAGGAAAGCAGAAUGAAGGAACUGAACACUCAAUUGUAUAUAAUGUAUAUAACGGAGGGGAAUUGGUUCUUUGUGUGUUUGAUAAACUGUCUUGCCCUUUGAGGGCAGAAAUGCUUAAAAGCUUCAUAAAAAUGUAUUA